CGUCACAUGGAGAGAUGCAACCAGCAGUAGCUGCUCCACCACUAAUCACACAACAUUAACAUAACUAGCUGCUACAGGCUAACCCGACUAGCUGCUGGUUUCGCUUUUUGAUUUACCACACGUUCAGAAUUGCACGUCUGCAAGCAACAAAAAUUCCCAGAGAGUGCAAAACGGAAAGCGGCAUUACGCGGUCACACAGUUGCCGUGGCCUCUUCUUGCAUCCAGCUGGCAGGAUAUUUUGGCUAGCUAGCGAAGCCUCCGAUAGAAAACUCUGCCUUGGCUAGCGUCAGGCUAGCCAGCUAGCUAGCUAGCUACUAACAUCGCUAACGGUAGUUAGCUAGCUAGCGAGCUGUAGUAACUUGCGUCAUGGAGGAACUAGUCGUGGAAGUACGGGGCACAAGUGGGGCCUUUUAUAAGGCCUUUGUGAAGGACGUUCACGAGGGAUCAGUCACCGUGGCGUUUGAAAACAACUGGCAGCCGGAGCGUCAGAUCCCGUUCCAGGAUGUGCGUUUUCCUCCUCCGACGGGGUUCUGCAAGGAGAUCAACGAGAGCGAUGAGGUCGAGGUAUAUUCCAGGGCGAACGACAAGGAGCCAUGUGGGUGGUGGCUGGCCAAGGUUCGCAUGGUCAAAGGAGAGUUUUACGUAAUAGAGUACGCCGCCUGUGACGCUACGUUAAACGAGAUAGUGACGCUGGAGCGGUUACGGCCGGUCAACCCCAACAAACCAGCCACCAAAACCACCUUCAUCAAGAUCAGACUGGAUGUACCCGAGGAUCUACGGCAGAUGUGCUCCAAGGAAUCGGCACACAAAGACUUCAAAAAGGCUGUGGGAGCGUUCAGCGUCACCUACGACUCAGAGAAGAAGCAGCUGGUCAUCCUGUCUGUAAAUGAGGUCACAACAAAGCGGGCCAACAUGAUGAGUGACAUGCACUUCAGGAGCCUCCGCACCAAACUGUCUCUCAUGAUGAGGAACGAAGAGGCCAGCAGACAACUGGAGAGUUCCAGACAGCUGGCGUCACGGUUUCACGAACAGUUUGCGGUUCGGGAUGAUUUGAUGGGUUUGGCCAUCGGAACUCACGGGGCCAACAUUCAGCAAGCUCGCAAAGUCCCCGGAGUCACUAACAUCGACUUGGACGAAGAGACGUGCACCUUCCACAUAUACGGAGAGGACCAGGAUGCUGUACGCAUGGCCAGGAGUUUCCUGGAGUUUUCUGAAGAUGUCAUCAAAGUUCCCAGGAACUUAGUAGGGAAGGUGAUCGGCAAGAACGGCAAACUGAUCCAGGAAGUGGUUGAUAAGUCUGGUGUGGUGCGGGUUCGUAUUGAGCCUGAGAAUGACAAAAAGCCUUCUGCAGCGGCGGCAGCAGCAGCAGACGAGGGAAUGGUGCCAUUUGUGUUUGUGGGAACGAAGGAAAGCAUCUCCAACGCUACAGUACUGCUAGACUACCACCUCAACUACCUGAAGGAGGUGGACCAGCUGCGUCUGGAGCGCCUUCAGAUCGACGAGCAGCUGAGACAGAUAGGAGGUGGAGGCGGAGGAGGCGGGACGGGGCCCAGAAACCCCAAAGACAAAACCUACGUGUUCGACAACGGCAUGGGGCUGGGCAUGGGCAGAGGAGCUGGAGGCGGAGGAGGGAAGCCCUACGCUGGAGGAGGACGAGGAGGACGAGGCCGGAGAGGCGGAGGAGCAGCUUUUGCCUCAGCUGAAAUGAGGUUUGUGCUCGGUCCCCCAGGCACCAACUCGGAGGCAUCCAACGCCUCAGAAACGGAGUCGGACCACAGAGACGAGCUCAGCGAUUGGUCGCUGGCCCCGACCGAAGAGCUGAUGACGGGAGGCGGGACUCUGCCCAGACGGACAGAUGGGAGGAAGAGGGCAGGUGGCGGAGGACCGAGGGGACGAGGAGGGAGAGGAAGAGGAGGAGGAGGAUACAAAGGCGACGACAUGCAGUGGAGCGAGCCAAGACCUCGUCAUGUCAGAGACCCCAAGACAAGAGUGCAGGAAGACACCCUACAGAUCCGUGUGGAUGGAAACAACGAGCGCAGCGUGCAGCACUCCUCAAGCGGCCGAGGAGGAGGCGGAGGCGGAGGAGGAGGAGGAGGAGGGCCUUCCUCAUCCCAGGGUGGCAUCAACGCCGGCGGCGAGGGCCAGAACCGCCACCACCAUCAGAGACCCAUCAGAGACCGAGGGAUGAAGAAGGACAAACAGGACGCUCCUGCGCUGGUGAACGGAGUGUCGUAGACGCACCACUGGAGGACCUUCUCAUUUAGACACACACUCAUCCAGAAAACACACACACACACUCACACACACACACACACACACACACACACACACACACAGGCAACUCAUCAUAAACCAUCGUAGAGUCUCAGUCUGGCUUUUUUUUUUUUUCUUUCUCUCUGUCUUUUGUCAAACACAAGAAUACACAUAUUUCCAUCAGCAUGGAAGCGUUUAGUGACGUCUUAGACCAGAGGUGAUCGGGUAUCUGCUGGUCUGGUCUGGUUUGUUCUCCACUGGUGUUGUGUCUCCUGUUCUUCUCUGGAGUAAAACUACUUUUUUUUUUUUUUUUUUUUUGGACAAAAAAAGGAAAAGAAGAGGAGAGAUUUGACUAAAGCUCGUCUCUCAAAGAAGCAUUAAAAACCCCAACGUGCUCCUUUUCUCAUUUUUUUCCCCACGUUUUCUUCCUACUGCCCCAUUUAGACGAAAAGAAAAAAAAGGAAAGAAUCAAGGAAAUCAUUGGUUGAAUUACAGCUGCUCGGGAAGGCAGGAUCAAACAUCCUUCUGUUGUUCUUCAGCCGCACACUUUACAUAUAUUUUUUACCGAAAAUGGGGACGAUCUGAAAGCACAGUUUCAGGAGGCGGCUUCAGUGUUUUCCACUGGUUGAGAAUUUAUUUUUGGUGGUCGUAAAGCUCCAAAUUUCAACGCUUCGUAGUCAACACAGAAUCACAUUUGUAGGAUGAAUGUGCAGAUCAGAGAGUCUCUUGUGAGGAAUUGGCUCCGUUUUCAUAGAGAUUGUUAAAUUCCAAAAUACAGGGAUAUUUUAAUGUCACCCAGAUAAGUUGUGGGGAACAUGCAUCGCUGUGGGAACAAGAUGUUUGUAGAGGGCACUUUAUGGAUUUUUUUUUUUGAAAAUUAAAAAGCCUCCAUGUUUCAGAAUGAACUCCGAGCAGCUCCUAAACCAAGCUCUCAUCCUUUUACCAUUGAAGUCAUGUGUGUGUUUCGUUACCUGUUGCCUAGAUAUUGUAAUCCUCCUCCAGUCUCUUCAGCUGUCAGAGGCGUAAAUUAAAAAACAAACAAACGGAGAGACAUAAAUCUGAGGCACUUUGAUACGAAUAAACUGUUAAAAAAAAUGUUUAAAAAAAGCAAAUAUAGACACAUCAGCUACUCCCGAGAGCGUCUGUCAGGGUACAACAUGUCAUGAACUGCUGUCCUUUUUAAAAAAAAAACAAACGAAGCCUGUCGAUGAGCAGAAACGCUUCGAUCACACUUCUUAUCAAACACCUUUACUACACAGAGCAGUCUUUUACCUGCACCGGACCUCCUGCGUCACAAAACCCCUCAUUUAUCCCGUCGGCAGGAUUCAGCACCCAACACCAGACUUUCAUCAGUGAGGGCUGUCAACUAGUUUACUUCGGCUACUUCCACCUACUUACAUUCACCAGAGCAGAUUUUUGGGGGUUAACGGUUGCUUUCAGACAAACAGGAUGCAUGUAGAGCAGCUAACUCCUGUCACCUGAGUUCUUCUCUAAUUUAUGAAAAUCUUUGUAUUUAACGUUUUUUUUUUUGUUUUUGUUUUUGCCUUUAGGAAACCUCUUUUAACUAUAACUGUAGAGGAGUGUUUACUUAUACCUUGACAAAAUAAAAAUUUGGUCUAAGUUUUAUUCUGGUUCCUGGUUUUCCAACUUAUUGCCAAGCUGGUAAAUAUUUUGUCUAUGAUUUUUUUUUUUUGCUUUAUCCUUUGCUGGUUGUAAAAAAAAAAAUCAGUUACAACAGAUAGCGUGAACGACUUUGUGUACUUGCUAAGUUUAGUGAAACCUUUCCUCAACCACAGUCAUGGAGCUGCAGUCUGUCGGUUCGUUGCACUGCUUUGCUAUCUUUGUGCCUUGGAUUUAUGCUCCUCCAUUUCUGUGAACCUUCUACUCCGUCUGUUCAGCUCCCGAUCCGUUUAGGACGCCGUGUAGACGGUGCGAUUCGGAGGCGUACGUCUACAAAUUCUGCAUUUUCCUCUUAAGAGCAGGUCCAGUCUUCUGGUCCUGCGCUCGUCUCCGCAAAUAAAAAAGAGGAUUUGACAGUCCCGCCUUCAAAUAGCUGAACGUGAGCUCGUCUAACCAGCGCAGGCGUCAAGACAACAAAGGAACGAGACGAAACACAAACGGCGUCGUUGACUUCAAGCUCUUAUCUUGAGGUGUUUGACGCCUCGGUGGAUAUUCUGUGUGGAGAGAUGCUUGUUGUCGUUGAAAUAGAGAGAAACUCCCAAACUGUCCUAAAUUCAGAGCGACGUAGAUGGCCUAGCGUAGAGAGUAAAUGUGGAUUUAUGGUGAAACAGAAGCUGAUGUUUGGGUUAGUAAAAAGAGUAAAAACCUGGAAGUUACUGUAAAACAAUAUUUAAAAAAAAAAAAAAAAAAAGGAUCUCAAGGUUUCUCUGAGCAUUCGUAGGCAGCGUUUUAUUAAAAUACCGUAUUACAUCUCAUCAUCAGAUGUGUUGUAUCUGGACUAACAGGUUAGAUGUGAGCUUUAUUCUUACUUUUCUUUAUUCUGGUGUUCCUGUAACACGGGACUUCUUCUGGAAUAAUCAAGUUAGAACACGAAUUUCUCUUUUCGUUUGCUUUUAAAGGAAUAUUUUUGACAUUUUGGAGGAAUACACUUAAUUACAUUCUUGAAAAAGGUUCAGUAAGACGAUUGAUAUCCUCGUUUGUGCACACUUAAUGUGAAGCUAGAGCAAACGGGCAAUUAGCUUAGCUUAGCUUAACUUAGCUUAGCCUAGCUCAGCUGAAGACUCCCACCAGGUAGCCUGACUUUUCUAGGUUUACCUCUAAGUGUUUUCAAUGUUGUUUCUCACCAUUCAUUUGAAUCCUCCAGUUUGAUUCCUGUCUAACUGAACCUUUACUGUAUUCUCCUGCUCUCUCUCCACUGUUACUGUCUUUUUAAAAACCUUUUAUAGGCAAAAAUGGCAUUAAAAAAAACAACAAAAUAAUUAUAAAUGACACCAACCGAUGGCAUCCUCCUUGUCUGCGAUGGUUUAAUGGUCCCAGACUGAAAAAUGAGCGCCACCAGAGUCACGGUGGAUGAACAUCAAUUUGCUCGUUUUCUUUUAAAAUCCAGUUAAACUUUGUGCUACAUUUAAUGGCAAACUAAUUAGAGAUGAAUGUAGUGUUGGUCGUCUUGAUUAAGUCUUGACAAGGAAAUGAAAAAAAAGCGUGUUUCCCAAAAUGUCAACCAGAACUUUCUUCAUUUAGGGUCAUCGGUUAGUUGUUAAAUAAGUUUACAGUAGGUUGGAGCAACUUUUAGACACAAUAACAAAGCUUGUGAGUUUUAAAUAUGAUGUAGGCUGAUUCAUUAUUGCUGCGAAUGCUCAGGGAAACCUCACCCACAUUCUGCGUGACAUGUGCCUUUAAUUGUGGCUAGUUUCACAACCUAGACAUGUAAAUCAGGGAUGACGAGACGUUGAUAACGGAGCAGACGGGUGAAGACGAGUGGGUUUCCUGGUGCGACACUACGAGCUCCACCUGGGUCGUCACUGACAACGCUGAGCAUCUCUGAGCUUCCUCUAAAGUCGGGCGUUUAUCGGCAGCGUCAGGAAGCCGCCGUCUUCGCCUCGCCUGCUCCUUCUUGCACACUGACGGUGUUGUAUCCUUGUACAGUGGACAGACAUCAAGCCUGUAGCUCCCGACCUGGUUCAACUGAUCUGUGAAGUCACUUUUGUAGUUCGUGACCUCCAGAGGGGGGAUUCCUCCACGUGUGCACCCCUUUUUUUAAUCUGACUCAGCGUAACUUUAUUCUUUAUCCUCUCCAAGACGUGAAAGCAGCUGAAGUGAUUGCAGAGGUUGAGCCAGGUCUUUUCUUUACCAGAGAUCAGUGUACUUUUCUAGUCUUGCGAUGCAUGUACGUCUUUAUUUUGACAUUCAGUAGAUUUGGACAAAAGAAAAGACGCCUAUAAGUUUGUUUUUUUUUAAAUCAGUGUUACUUCGUCUCAUUUGACUUGAUUUGGGUCAGUGAUGAGCUGAUGAACGUCACCUUAGAGUCAGCGACGAACUUUCACCUUUUAGGACACGUCACAGAGUAAGGAAUCGCAUUACAGGCUGUUUUUUUCUUCUUUUUUUUUUUCCAAAAAGUAUUAUGGGUGUCAACUUUCUCUAUCACUAACCUGUUAGGACCUUUUGCUUUCACUUGCUGUUCCCACUGCAGCCUGAUUUAUUUAUCAUUCUGUGCAGUGCAUCGACAAACAAGUGACGGUAACCUCUAUAUUGUCAAUAGAGCAUCAACAGUAUGGAGUUGCUUUGUAUUGUAAAAAAAAAAAACACAAUGGAAAAACAAAAAAAAAACAGAAGGGAGGGAGGGCGGCAUAAUGUAUAUAAUGAUGUCAUUAUUUGUCUGAGAAAAGAUUUGUACUAUUGUUUCCAAUGUGCACUUAUCCUGAUCUUUUCUUUCUUUUUAUUUUAUUUUUUUUGCUGUUUAAUAUUAGUUAAAAAUGCUAGAGCUCUUGAUAAUAAACUUAAAGAUGUGUGGAAAAAUAGCAUCCUCCAUAGCAGGACUGAGUCCCACACAGCUGUCAGUGGUAAUGAGAUGUCCAUAGUGCUGCAGAACUUGAAAAAUAACAAGAAGGGUGAGUUUGUUUACCUGACAGGGAAAAUCCACCCCGACCUGAAUGAGUCACUGAAACCGAAUUCUGACUGAAUUUAGAUCUUUUGGUUUUCUGGUUAAUAUCAUUUAGCGAUGAAAUGCAUCCGAUAUAUGCACCGGGGCUUAAAGUGAUAGUCCAUCCAAAAUAUGUUAUUUAUUACACCUUAUAAUAAGUUUGGUUCUAAUAUAAUAAUAUAUUUUAUAAUAUCCACAGAUGCAGUUUUUUUGUGGAUAUUUUCUGUUGCUGUGAAAUCUUACAGAGGCCCAGCCAUCUUUAGCCCAUUUAUUGCUUUUUGCUUAACAAUGUGUGACCUUUGACUUUUCAUGGGUUGUCAACUAUAUCUCAUGGUCUUCCUCGGCUCAUGAAGUUUUCUUACUUGCUGCGUAAAACUGUAAAAAGAAGUUUUUUUUUUUGUGGUCAUGUUGAGGAAUAAACAGCGAAAAAAAAAAAAAAAAAACAUAGCUCAGAAAAUAAGCUAGCAAAAGGACUUGUAGUUGAAAUGUUUUUAUGUCAGAGUUUGGGUGGAGCGUUAUUUUAAGCCGAAACCCACCAAAUUAUUGUGUGUAGGUAAAGUUUACGAAAGAUAAUUUGAGAAAUGUGCUCAAAUUUCACAAGAGAAACCAAUUUUAAGCUCGUGUCUGUGCGCUAACAGCUGGGAGACAGCUAGCUUAGCUUCGCUUAAAAACUGAAAACACAGCGCUAGCUGUGUCUAAAGUUUAAAAAUACACCUACAACACCUCUUACGCUUGUUUUUUUAAUCUUCAAAAACUAAAAUAUAAAAAAAAAAGGUGUGGUAAUUAUUGCUUUUAGGUGUUUAUACAACAUCAGACUUGACCGUUAGCCACGCUAGCUGUUGUCCUACCGUCAGUCUUUUUGCUAAGCUAAGCUAGCUGCCUCCAGCAAAAGAAACAAACAUAUUGGUCUAUCUUCUCGCAUGUACCAGCUUUGGGAUAAGUUUGCCUCCUACAGUAACUGAAGUAACCUUUGUGAGUAAUAUUCUACGGUGGAGUUUCCCUUUAAUUUGAAGCCGGUAAACUCGUCUGGCACAUUGGUUCCUGAACUCGUCGUGUACAAAGACCCGAAUCAUUUUAACCCAGCUUCUGUUUGUGAGUCACCACAGUGAUGAUUAAUAGGUGUUUCAUUUAGAUUCCCUUAACCUCUUAUUAUUCUUCUUUUCUUUAUGACUGGUAUAAAGUUUUUUUUUUUUCUUUGACAAGGUUGAGACAGGACGGUGCUGGAGGCGAGACUUUGCUCCCAAACGCCAGUUACCCUUGAACUGACAGAAACAAACCUUGUACAUGCAUUUGGGAGGUAAUAACAAGACUUUGAGGCUCCAGAAGAGUCUACGAAGGUCCUACGUUCACAUCGGCUCUGUUGUGUCACGCCACAGAUGAUGAAACUCUUACGGCUGUGCUUCAACCUGCUUGUCGGUGUUUCUUAUUGUGCCUCCUAACACCAGGUUCAGAGUAGAUGGUGGCAAAGAAACCGAAGUUUGGACGAAAAUAAUGGCUUUUUCAUGCUUUGGUUGGAUUUUCAGGGGGGCGUUACGGACAAACCGUAACGCUGAGCCAAGGCUUGUACUAUAACGGUAAAUGUACAUUUUUUAAAAAACAGAUAAGAGAGGACUGUUGCAUGCUGACCAGUUGGGGUCACUGAAGAAAUGGUGCUAAGGAAGCAUUUACUUGCGAAUCUCCUAUAACUUACUGGUUGUGACAUUGUUACCCACUUCUGCUGUUUUCUAGUGACCUGCCAUGGAAACGACCGACUUUAAGACGAGCACCGUCGCGAUCAUGGCAGAAAAAUAAGGCGUCCUAGCAUCUCUGUCUGGUAUCUCGCCGUUGGGGAACACUGGAAGGAAAUAGGGUUGGAAACGUUUCUUUAGAAGCAGGUUUGGGAACCAUUUGGGAUCCCAAACCAAAGUUUAAGACAAGAAACGGUGCACAUUUUGAUUAAUCCUGGCAGUACAAGGAGUCAUAUGGGGUACCUUCUAUUGUUUAUAGAAGGGGAUCCCAAAUGGCACCAUGUUUUGAAGAUGUGCUGUUCUUUGGAUGCAGCUUCUGUUUUUGCGACUCCCCAGUACAUUGGAACAGAAAUAUUUGGAUUGAACUUGAGGUUUGUCUGACUUUCUGCUCGAGAAAUUCGCGGUCGUCUUCUUUAUUGUGAAUGGACUGUUAAAAUGGAGUGAAAAUCCCGACUGGCGGCAGCGUAAUUUAAGGUUGUGAGAAUAUAAAACAUAGUUGAAGGGUUUUAUUCUCACAAAACGUUGCUCUGUCGAUGGUGUUUUCCUUCUAGCUGCGAGAUGGUAGCUGCGUUUUAUUGAUAUUCGACUGUAAUGUUUGUCCUGACCGACAUGCUGCUCUAAUGUUCUGGAGGAAAUGUUUAAAUGUGCGUUUGCCAGACAGUUCCGAUGACCGAUUUAACCAGUUCUUCAAAUAACAACUCAGUGUUAUCUUAGAAAAGUCCGGACCCAACCUCGUCCACAAACCUUGAUUUUUGACUUGACGUACCUGAAGACGUGCUCUCCAAACACGACGAUAGCGCAGAAAGAAUCGUCGGGGAGUCCCAAUCCAAUAAGCACUGGACCGUUUUGCAUCCCUCUUUCUCGAAGCAUUUAGUCACGUCGGGGUUGCAGGAUGGUUCAUCAGAAAAGAUGACCCAAAAGUUCUUGUUGUCGUUGCUCACCAGUCCACAGCAGACAUCAGCAGACCUUUUUUUUGUUUUUGCAGAAUGUAUAUAAUAUCAACGAAUACUAACUAUACACAUUGUGGGCUGUUCGACAAUAGAGUGCCAGAAAGUGAAGACACGCAGAGAAUCUGUAGAUACUUAAACCAGGGUAGUCAAAAAAGCUGUAAAACCUUGUGUGCACUUUUGGGCAUUUUAUUUUUUGUUUUCUUUUGUACAUACUACUAGCAUUUAAGAUGUUUGGGUUGACAUGUCUGGUUAUAGUGCAAUAUAUUUUGUAUGCAAGCGGUUUCAAUAAAUAAAGGUUGAUCUUCCUCCGUU